AUGGCGGCGCGGCUGUGGGAAUGUGCUGGACGCGGGCUGGCGUUGCCCUUUGACCUCGGGUCGCUGGCGGGGAGCCGCCGGCUGUGGGACGCCUGCCGCGGCCUGCGCUCCCGCCGGGCCCGCGAGCCGGGGCGGCCGCGAAACGGGCUGUUCGUGGACACACGACGAGCAGCUGGGAGGUCAACCUCUCUCCGGUGCGGGCUGCGCACAGGUUUCCCUGAAAAUUGUAAAGAAAUGCUGUCGCCCCCCCAGCCCCUCCGCGGCACACCGGGGCCGCGGCGCCUCCCUGCCCGGGCGGGGCCAGCGGAGUCCCUGGAGCUGCAGAGUGGGACCAGGACGGCGGGUCUCCGCGGGGAUCUGGAAGCCCGGGCCCUUCCUCUGUCGUUGCUUGCGUGGACCCAAGCCCCACCCGUGCAGGCUGCACCCGAUCUACUGUCCCUGACCUACAGCCUGGUCGAAGGUCCGGACCACACCCCUGACGGCGCGGGCCUCCUCUCCAGCGCCAGGAGCAGUCCACAGGGCUCCGUGCUGUGCAACUGCUGGGCUGUAAUGGUCAGCCAGGAUACACGUGGCUCUGCCCUCUUGGAGCCUACGGUCCAGUGGAAGAGACGGGAUUCAGCAGAUGUCCCUACUGGAAAACGUCUUCACAGAGACGAGCGUGCCGUGAGGAGGAAUGUUGCUCUGGGAAGACCAGUUACAAUGAAACCUGACCCAGAUGCCCGUCUGGCGCCCUUGAGGGGCUUCAUCUGGAGAGGAGGCAGAUCACAGAGGCCACAAGAUGGAAAACAGCUGGCCUGGCGGCAGUUGGCCACCUUCAGGCGCCAGCACCUGCCAUCCAGGUGGAUGUCCUUCAACUGUCUCCGGCCCCCCACGUUUGCACAGGUUUCCACCAGCCUGGCUGCCAGCAACGCUGAGGAAACGACUCAAAGAACCCAUGCGAGUGGGACUUUCGGCUUCCUCGACCGGACUCAGCAUUCAGGUAUCACAGCAGACUGUAACACCUGCGUGGAAAUAGAGGACAGAAAGGUUUCAAGACAACAGAUGAAUUGUGAAAGAGAUCAGCUAAGGCUAAUACGAUCCAUGCUUGUGGAGGACACAGACACAAAGAAUCAGGGGUCUUGCUUUGCGGGGCCCUCCUGCUGGAUCCCGGACCCCGCCCCACCCCCUCCUGUCAACUGUCAGUUCUGCUGGUGGUGUGGGAUUGGGAAGCCCGCCUCCACCCAGAGCAUGCUGUCUUCUCAAGGGGUCCUCCUGCAUUCCUACGGCGUGCCCAUGAUCCUGCCCGCAGCCCCCUACUUCCCCGGACUGAUCCAGAAGGUCCCCCCUCCACCUGGUCGAGUGUUGCCACCCAGCAAGCAGGAGCCUGCUGUGGAUGGUUCAUUGGUGAAGUUCAGAGAUCGUUCUGGAAGCCCCCACCAGCGGUUUACAUCUUGA